GCUCUGCCCUCGCAGCGGACUGCGGCGCUCCCCAGACUUAAGCAAUUGCUGGGGCGCUGCUCCGGGAAGGAGCCUGGUGAGCCCUUUGCUCCAAAGCCAGGGAUGCUCCGGCGACCCCCGGCUCUGCGAUGCUCUCUGCCCAAGUCCCCCUUAGCGCCGAGAUUGGGAAAGGGGUGCAUGGCGAAAGAUGGGGAGGGAGAGCCAGUCCUGAAGGGGACCGGGUCAGGAGAAGGACGAUCCCCUGGGGAAACGGGAAGGGCGCAUGUGGACCGACCCUGUGUGUGUGUGUGUGUGUGUGUGUGUGUGUGUGUGGUCCCUCUCUGAGUGUAUCUUUGUCUGUCUGUCUGUCUGUCUGUCUGUGGUCAACUACUGUUAGUACUGGCUUCUGUGCCCGCAGAGUGGCUCUUCCUUUGGGUCUUGUUGACUGUGCCUGUUUGUGCCCGUGUGUUGGCCACUGUGGGCCAGUCUAUACCAGUGCAUGGCAAAUUCUUGCAGGAAUUACUAGGUCAUCCUGGCUGGGACCGAGGCUAUACCCUUUUCUCGGCAGCCUGGAGGCCUAUCCCUGACCACCAUGGAGUUGCCUCUGAGCCAAGCUACCCUUCGGCACACACUACUGCUUCUGCCAGCCCUCUUAAGUUCAGAGGCUACCUGCUGUGUUCCAGGACAGGGGGAGCUAGCACCACAAAUUGACGGUCAGACCUGGGCUGAGAGAGCACUUCGGGAGAAUGAGCGCCAUGCCUUCACCUGUCGGGUGGCAGGGGGAUCUGCCACUCCCCGAUUAGCCUGGUACUUGGAUGGUCAGCUACAGGAGGCCACCACCUCAAGACUACUGAGCGUGGGCGGGGAGGCCUUCUCUGGAGGCACCAGCACGUUCACUGUCACUGCCCAGCGUGCCCAGCAUGAGCUUAACUGCUCCCUGCAGGACCCAGGGAGUGGCCGGCCAGCCAACGCCUCUGUCAUUCUCAAUGUGCAGUUUAAACCAGAGAUUGCCCAGGUUGGGGCCAAGUAUCAGGAAGCUCAGGGACCAGGCCUUCUGGUAGUCCUGUUUGCCCUGGUACGGGCCAACCCACCUGCCAAUGUCACCUGGAUUGACCAGGAUGGACCGGUGACUGUCAAUGCCUCUGACUUCCUGGUGCUGGAUGCUCAGAACUAUCCCUGGCUCACGAACCACACUGUGCAGCUGCAACUCCGCAGCCUGGCGCACAACCUCUCAGUGGUGGCCACCAAUGAUGUGGGUGUCACCAGUGCCUCGCUUCCGGAACCAGGGCUCCUGGCCACCCGAGUAGAAGUGCCACUGCUGGGCAUCGUUGUGGCUGGAGGGCUUGCCUUGGGCACUCUAGUGGGGUUCAGUACCUUGGUGGCCUGUCUGGUCUGCAGGAAAGAGAAGAAAACUAAAGGCCCCUCCCGGCGCCCAUCUCUGAUAUCUAGUGACUCCAACAACCUGAAAGUGAAUAACGUACGCCUGCCACGGGAGAACAUGUCCCUCCCAUCCAACCUUCAGCUCAAUGACCUAACUCCGGAUCUCAGAGGGAAAGCAACAGAGCGGCCAAUGGCUCAGCACAGCAGCCGUCCAGAGCUUCUGGAAGCCGAGCCUGGUGGCCUCCUCACCAGCCGAGGUACUAGGCAGAGUCCUGCCCUUCUCCUUACCUCCUCUCCUCAUCCCUGUGUUUAUAUCCAAUACCUCUGGGUGCUGGAAGCAGAAAGGGCUCCCUCAAGCUCCAAAGACCAGGAUUACAAAGUCCCUGGCAUCUCUGACCCACAGGCUUCAUCCGUCUGCCAAUGCUGGGCUACAUCUACCGAGUGUCCAGUGUAAGCAGUGAUGAGAUCUGGCUCUGAGCUUGAGGGUGAGGCAUGAGGCUCAGGUGGCUCCCCAGAGCACCCCACCUCAAUGUCUCCUUCAAGCCUUCCUCCGCUGGGCCACGUUUUGACUGUGAAGAAGCCAUGUCACUGCCACCUGGUCCUCGUGGCAGGGGUACCCUGUGGGUCAUGCAUGAUGUACUUCACUGCACUCUAACCUGCAAGGCGUAGUCUAGCCUUGGCAAGACCAUUGGUCAGAAAUAGGCUCCUUGCACUCACUCAGUUUGGGGCCUUGCAUGUGGUAACUGGGCCCAGGCUCUGGCCUAGUGUGUUCAGGUGUCACCCCACAUGUAAGAGAUGGGCCUACUGUAUCCUCUGCCUCUCAUACAGUAGAUGGGCCUACUGUAUCCUCUGCCUCUCUUGUAUCCUCUGCCUCUCAUACAGUAGAUGGGCCCACUGUAUCCUCUGCCUCUCAUACUAGUAGAUGGACCUACAAGUAUCCUCUGCAUCUCAUACAGUAGGCAGAGGGAUGCCUAUGUGGGGGACAGGAGGGCCCCUGCACAACUCUACGUCCUUCCUAUGCUAUGCAGCUUUGUCCCCUCAGGGAAAACAGGACCCUGCUAGCUGAACAGAACCAAAUUGUCCUUUGCUCAGGAACCAGCCCCUUGCCCAGGGAUCUGGCCAAGCACAAAUUAGUCCCUUUUGCUGCAUAUCUCUGCUUUUUUGUCCCCACCUCCUCUUGGGCAUACACUAGACCUUCUCCACUGGGCAUUAGACCUCCACUGGCUGGAGCCCCCAGGUGUCAGCCUCUGGUAUUAGCACAAGAUGAGCGGGAAGAAGUGGGAAGGAGUCUGCUGGCCCCCAGGACGGCAUGUAGCUAUGCAUCGUUUUGUACAACUGUCCCCCUUUAAGCACAUUCCCUAGGGAGAGGAGGGCCUAUGGCCUUCUUAGGUUUCCCAUGUUUGGCCUUCAGCGGUUCACUGUGAGUGUUCUGAGCGCUCAGGAUUGACGGUUUCCUUCUCUGCAUGUCUCUCCCCAAUGUAGCAAUAUCCCUGACCAGUCCCUGGCUGCCCCAUCCUAUUUGGUGGAUGGUCACAGUGGGCAUAUAAGCCAACAGUGCCACAAGACCUAAGUCCCUAAGGGGACACAGAGAAAGCAGGAACCACAUAACCCCAAAGAGCUAAGAAUCCUUUAAACAGCAACAUGGAAAUGACUGGAGAGCAACAGAGCACAGAGUCUGUUUUCCCUCCUUGGUAUAUUGUUUUGUAAUUUUUCUCAUGUUACUGGCUCGUGCUGCACACACAGUAAACUACCGCGAUUGAAUAAG